AAUUCAUGUUUGUGCGCUAAGUGUGGUUGUUGUUUUUUUAUUAUUAUUUAUUUAUAUUUAAACCCCUAAUUAAAAAGAUGCGACCCUCUACAGUGCGGCUCUGUGCGCGCAGUCAUAACAACUACAGGGCACUACAUUAUCGUCUUCGGGGCGUUUUCUUCACACUGACAGGCGCUUCAGUGCGCACUGGAGAGUGCAGCGCCUCUUGCGCCCCCCACAGACUCCACCCGGGACAACACUCGGCCGAAACGUCCUGCCUUGCCUGCCUUGCCUCAAACCGCGGAUGAGCUGCUGCUGCUGCUGCUGCCGCCGCCGCCGCCGCCGCCGUCGUCCCCUCCAGCGGGCGCCUGACUGACGGCUCGUGGCGGUGUCGUUAUGGACGUGCGCACCCGGUGCGAAGCAGCGCGGCGCGUUCCCCAAAUGGCGGAGUGAGUGAGAAUGCGACUCCCCAGUUCCAUCUUUGUGUCGGUGUCUCUGUUCACGGCCGAGACCACGGCAGCGCUGUACCUCAGCUCCACGUACCGCUCCGCCGGGGACCAAAUCUGGCAGGGACUCACGCUCCUCUUCACGCUCGUACCGUCCGUGCUCGUGCAGCUGACUCUCACCUUCAUCCACCGGGACCUGAGCAGGGACAGACCGCUCAUCCUGCUGCUGCACAUCCUGCAGCUCGGUCCCAUCGUCAGGUGCCUGGAGGCGUUCUGCAUCUACGGCAGCGUGGGUCGCGUGGAGGAGCCGUAUGUCAGCAUCACCAGGAAGAAGCAAAUGCCCCGCGGGGGUCAGUCCGAGGAGGUGGAGCGGCAGGUGGGGCAGGCGGAGGGCAAACUGUUUACGCACCGAGCGGCCUUCGCCCGCACCUCUGUCAUCCAGGCCUUCCUGGGAUCGGCCCCCCAGCUCACGUUGCAGCUCUACAUCUGCGUCCUGCAGCAGGGGGUGUCCAUCGGAAGAGGCACACUGAUGGUGAUCUCCCUCCUGUCCAUCGUGUACGGAGCACUGCGCUGCAACAUCCUGGCCAUAAAGCUUAAAUAUGACGACUACGAAGUGGACAUCCGGCCUAUGGCUUACCUGUGCAUUUUUCUGUGGAGGAGCUUCGAGAUCGCCACUCGUGUGGUGGUUCUGGUUCUGUUCAGCUCCGUGCUGCAGCUCUGGGUGCUGCCCGUGGUCCUGCUGAACUUCCUCACUUUCUUCCUCUACCCUUGGAUCCUGUUCUGGCAGAGCCACUCGCCGUUCCCCGAGAAUAUAGAAAAAACUCUCACCAGGGUGGGAACCACCAUCGUGCUUUGCCUUCUCACCUUCCUCUACGCCGGCAUCAACAUGUUCUGCUGGUCGGCCGUGCAGGUGAAACUCAACGACCCGGACCUCAUCAACAAGUCCCAGAACUGGUAUCGCAUGGCCGUGUACUACAUGCUGCGUUUUGUGGAGAAUGCCUCCCUGCUCCUGCUGUGGUACAUCUAUAAAACGGACUUCUACAAGUUCAUGUGUGCCCCGCUGCUGGUGCUGCAGCUGCUGGUGGCCUACGCCAUCGGCAUCUUCUUCAUGCUGAUCUUCUACCAGUUCUGCCACCCGUGUCGGAGGCUCUUCUCCUCCAGCAUGACGCAGGGGAUGUGGGACUGCUCCUCUCUUCUCUGCCUGAUGUGCAACUCUUCUUCGCCGCGGAACAGGCCGAUAGGAAAGGCCAUGCUGGGGCCUCGGGGCCCGUCCGCUCACAAGGAGUCGGCCGACGACCGAGCCCACGACACGGGCAGCGACACCUCGGACGACAUGCCAAACGACACAACCUAUGACAUGCUCAAUGACACAAUCUAUGACAUUCCCAACGAAACGGACAACACAGGAGGCGGAAUCAACGGUGACCUUAGCCACAGCGUGUCCUGCGACGCUUAAAGCAUCACGUGUUCUCAGUCGUGCCAUUCAAGAGACAAAUAUCAUAACCUUGUGUGACUUUUUAAGUGCCACGUGGAUCCUUCCGCUCUCAUAUAUCCAUCUCAACUCGUACACGAAGCAAAUGUGCCCUUAACUUCAGUCCGGUCCCGGCUGCGCAGUGUUCACAUGCAGAGGUGGCGCUCACCUGUCUCGGCAGCCCACACGCUAACCGUUCAUCCUGCAGCCUUGACUGCAAAUAAAAAAAAAACCCACGUACACCACCAGUACUCCUUUAGGUUUGAAGGCCGUGUCUGCUUAUAUGCUGCAUUACUGAUCACAAAGAGCCAUGCAUUUUAAGUGAUUGUAUUUCGCGUCUCUUUUGGCAUGGAGGUGUGCAUGUGUGGAGCCUCAGAUGAGGUGUUAUUCAGCAAAGGGGGUGAGUAUCUUCGUUUCGUUCCUUUUUUAACCCUUUGCUUGUUUCAUUGCUGCAAGCAAUCGGCCUUUUUACUCCUGAAUAAGAGCUUUACGAUUAAUUACGCGCUGCUUCUGUGAUGUAGUUGUGCUUGACGAUGAGAUGAUAAUCUGCACAUGUUGUUAAAGAGACCUUUUGAUCACCCAACACGUUAUUGUAAAGCACGGACAGCGUUUCUUGCACGUCUACAGGAAAAAAAGAAAAAAAAAGACUUCACUUGCUUUGGUUCAACUGUUGAGCAGCAGCAGCAGCAGCAGCAGUGAUGUGAAACGCUUUUUUUUUUUUUUUGGAUGUAUUUGCAUUUUUCUGAUUCAUGCCUGCUAACGUCUGUCUGCUCUGUGUCUCUAGUUAGAGUGUUGACACUGGGUGCACACAAUGCAAUGUUAUAUCUAACAGAGAAAAAAAAAUUGUGUAUGUGUUUGGAAACCUAACAAUGUACUUUUGCUUUUUUUUUUCAAACUUCAGUGUAUUGUAAUGUGUGUGUAUGAGAGAGAAAGAGAAUGUCAGUGUGGUUGUUUUUGCACUAACUCCUUUUUGCAAUGUAUCUUAAGAGGGAUCACAACCUCGGGUAUCACAUGAAUGCUCCCAAUGUUUGUACACAUAAAACAAAAAAAAUAAAUAAAA